UCUUUGGAUAGGUUUCUUAUGGUGUGGAAGCUGAAGACACCACGCAGAGCUUACAGAUUUGUAGGCCACACAGAAGCGGUUACCAGUGUACAAUUCUCACCAUAUGGGCAGCUAGUUGCUUCAGCUUCUCAAGAUCGUACUGUCAGACUAUGGAUUCCUUGCAUUCAUGGAGAAUCAUCGGUACUGAAAGGUCAUACAGCAUCUGUUCGUAGCGUGAGCUUCUCACAUGAUGGCCACUUUCUAGUUUCAGCAUCCAAUGAUAAAUCAAUGAAAAUAUGGAGUGUUCGGCAUCAGCGUCUUUUUUUUUCCCUAUUCCAACACACUCAUUGGGUUCGCUGUGCCAAAUUUUCACCUGAUGGAAGACUAAUAGCAUCUUGCAGUGAGGAUAAAUCCGUUAAGAUAUGGGAUACCAGAAAUAAAACUUGUAUUGAAAGUUUCCUAGAUUCUGCAGGAUUUGCAAAUUUUGUGGAUUUCAACCCAAGUGGUACGUGUGUAGCUUCUGCAGGUUCCAAUCAUACAGUGAAACUGUGGGAUAUUCGAAUGAACAAACUACUGCAGCACUACAAAGUUCACAGAGCAGGGGUUAAUUGUGUAUCAUUCCAUCCUUCUGGUAACUAUCUCAUCACUGCGUCUACUGAUGGUACCCUUAAGAUUUUGGACCUCUUAGAAGGAAGACUUAUUUACACUCUUCAUGGACACAAGGGGCCUGUGCUUUCCGUGGCUUUUUCAAAAGGUGGUGAAAAAUUUGCCUCAGGUGGAGCAGAUGCUCAGGUAUUGCUAUGGAAAACCAACUUUGAUUCAUUUGAUUAUAAAGAAGUUAUUAAACACCAUAUUAGAAGAACGCAUAUUGAUGAUCCUCCUCAUCUUCUUGAUAUUUACCCGAGAUCACCUCAUCUCCAUGAUGAAAAACUUCAGUCAACCGAGGUCAACCCUACCUUUGAUGUGACUAAUACACAAGCAUUUGACCCACCUGUCAUAGAGAUUAUGACAUCUUUCAGUGCUCUGGAUGGUGUCAGCAGUGAAGAUCUGCGGGAUCACCCUGCUUCAUUCUUGACAACAACUUCAAAAAGGAAGUCAGAGAGUGAAUCGAUGGCGUAUAACGUGGACAGGCAGAUAGGCAUCUCCCCCUCCAUGGCUAAUGCUUUGGAGCACAUUGUGGAGCAACUGGACGUUUUAACUCUGACUAUUUCAAUCCUGGAACAACGUCUGACUUUGACUGAAGAUAAACUGAAAGAAUGCUUAGAAAAUCAGCAAAAAAUGUUACUUCAGGGAAGGCGGGAGGAAUAA